AUGACUGUAACUCCUUAUAAUUUUAUCUGCAGCGAGUCGAGAAAUGAGCCACGACCGAGCCAGCCAAUCGAAGCGCAGCCUUAUGCUUACUUCAACCCGGUGGCAUCGCGGUCUCAGGUUCCAGGGCUUUCAUGCACCACAGCUGCUCGCCAAACAAAAUUUGACUGCCUUCGUCGCGAUUACAGUAUUGAUUCGCAAACAGACCGUCUCUUCCAGGAAUUUAUUCGUGUCGAUCCUUUUUUUGAGACACACAGUUACAACAGUAGAAGGCGGAGUGGAGGCAGUCGGCGGAACACGGCGUCACGUUUGAAUGGCUUUCCAAAGAAACAUCGGACACUGGACAUCGAUGAAAUGCGUGACAGUAAUAGAAUGCCCAUCCCACUCAUUUAUUUCUCCGAGGACUUGCCCAUAUUGCAAAAUGAUUUUUAA